CAGACGUCAUCCUACAUUCAGUGUCAAAGCGGCGACAACUAUUUUUCUGCCACAUUUUUUUACAAAAAAUAUAAUCAAAAUCAUGGAAUGUUUCAAUACAAACUCGGAAUUAGCGAUAUCCGAGGUGUUUCGGUGCUUCAUUUGCAUGGAAAAGCUCCGAGACGCCCACCUGUGCCCGCAUUGCUCGAAAUUGUGCUGCUACGUGUGCAUCAGAAGAUGGUUGAUCGAGCAGCGGUCCCAAUGUCCCCAUUGCAGGGCGUCCCUUCACCUGCACGAAUUGGUGAACUGCCGAUGGGUGGAAGAGGUCACCCAGCAAUUGGACUGUCUCCAAUCGCUGACUGGAUUGUGCAAACAAAACGAAAGCGAACGCGACAAAUGCUCGACGCAUUUGGAGAAAUUGUCCGUUUAUUGUUGGACCUGCAAGUGCUGCAUCUGCCACCAAUGCGCCCUCUGGGGUGGUACCCAUUCCGGCCACACUUUCAAACCCUUAAACGAAGUCUACGACCAGCACGUCGCUCAGAUCAAGGACGAAAUUGUCCAACUUAGAAGAAGAUUAAUGGAACUGGUAAGUAUAGUACAAGAAGUGGAGAAAAACGUGGAUUCGGUUAGAUCAGCGAAGGAAGAAAGAGUGAGGGAAAUUAGAAACGCCGUAGAUUUGAUGGUAUCUCGCUUGGAUUCGCAAUUGAAAAGCAAACUUUUAACGCUGAUGGGACAAAAAGACUCUUUAACGCAGGAAACCGAACAACUGGAACACCUUCUACACGAAACCGAGCAUCAGCUGCAAACGUGCAGGAAAUCCGAACUCAUUGCGAAAAGCGGCGAUUUGUCCAAGAAAAUUAAUUCCAUACGCAAGAAACCAAUUACUAGUUUUGUGACGGCUCCAGUUCCGGCCGAUUUCCACAGCGAAAUCGUCCCUCAGUACGACACUAGUACCUACGUGAUGUACCCCUUUUCCGAACUACAACGAAAAACCGAACCGGUCUACUCGAAUCCGCUCCAUUGCAACGGCCUAUGCUGGCGCCUCAAGGUUUACCCAGAAGGUAACGGCGUCGUACGCGGCAAUUACCUGUCUGUAUUUCUGGAAUUAACGGCCGGUUACCCGGAGAAUUCCAAAUACGAGUACAGGGUGGAGAUGAUACACCAAACUAGUAGAGACCCCACCAAAAACAUCGUGAGAGAAUUCACCUCCGAUUUCGAAGUGGGAGAAUGUUGGGGGUAUAACAGAUUCUUCAGAUUAGACCUGCUGGCUACUGAAGGAUAUUUGAAUCUACUAAACGACACGUUGAUGCUAAAGUUUCAAGUGAGAGCUCCGACGUUUUAUCAGAAAUGCCGUGAUCAACAAUGGUACAUAAAUCAACUGCAUGCCGCUCAAUUGCAAUACGCCCAAAUCAGAGACAAUACAGAAAUCACUUUGGUUUCGAAAGCAAUCGAAAACGCCGCUACAAUACAAGGAGCUUUCAAAAAUAUAAUCUCGCAUUCCAACGAAAAUAACACCGAAUGCAUGCCGUCCACUUCGAGGCAAGAUACUAUUGAAAAACGUUCCACAAACAACGUAACCGAACCCGUUGAAGACAAAGAAGCUGUUCGUACAACAUCAGAAAACGAAAACCCAUUACAAUGCACUUGCAAAGUAAAAAAAAUCUCCAGAACGAAUUCCACAUACAGCUCGAAUUCGGAAUCAUCCAUACAGACACAAGUGAGCGGCCAAAAGUCCCCCGGCAACUCUUCGACGCGCAGCAACGAAGAAGUCCAACAGAUAAUCGCUGUGGGUGUAUCGUUGAGCUCGCCCAAUCUGCUCAAUUCCGUGUCGUUGAUGCUAUCGAGCAGCUCCAGCGAGAGCGACAUGAGCGAACCGGAGCAGCUGAUACAGGAGUACAUGGCCACGCAGAGCCGCAUCGAGUACAUAACGGGGGACGAGGAGAACGAGAACGACAUCGAAGGCAUGUCGGGUGGGGACUGCGGCAACGUUUCGUGCGAUUCCUACGAAUGCCAGAACCCCGAGUCCGGGAACGUUGUGGCUGAAAAAGACGCCGAGACCAUACCGACCAGCGAGCUGGGACAUCAGAACGCUUCGAUGGAGCACGGUUACAUGAAUUGACGAGCGGAUAUUACAUUUAUUAUUAUACAGUGUAUAUUUUAGUGACGUUUUAUUUUUGAAAUAUACACAUACCUGGUUUCACUGUUGCGGCUAUG